CUUCAAGUCAAGACAAACUAAAACCCAUCUCUCUCUCUCUCUCUCUCUCUCUCUCUCUUUUCUACAGGGGGAAAAAAUUGAAAAAAAGAGAAAAGCUUACCUCUCUGUGCUUGCUCUGCCACCCCAUUUCCAGUAUCAGUACUACCAUUUUCUGCAACUCGAAAAGAAACCCUCCUUACUUCCCUACUUCCCUUACCUGCGCCUUUUUUCUUUCUCUUCCAUUUCUGGAUCAACCCAUUCACUUACCCACCGUUUCUCUGGCUCUCCCAACUAUGGAAGCUUUUAGUUUGCUUAAAUACUGGAGGGGCGGCGGUGGCGUCGUCGUUGGAGGUGGAGAUUCCACUCUUAACUCACACGCCACCACUAUUGUCACUGCUGUGGCUCAGAAUACAAUCGAAACCGACGAUGAUGAAGAUGACGAUGACGGUCCCUUUUUUGACUUGGAGUUUGCUGUGCCAGACGAGGAGGACGACGAUAAGAAAGAAAAGGACGCAGACGAAAACGAGGACAUUGAAUCUGAAAACGAAGACGAAGAGGAUGACGGUGAAGGUACGGACGGAGAGAGGGAAUUUAAUUUCACUCUCUCCUCUGGCUCUAGUAAUGACCGUGUGGAUCAAAAUCUGCCGCUUUCACCUUCUGAUGAUUUGUUUUUCAAAGGAAGACUUGUACCGAUAGAGCCGUCUUCUCUUGUUCUUAAUGGCUCUGAGCCUAAUUCCAAGCCUCAGUUUCCUGUUUCUUUACUGAAAUCUGCUACGAAGUUUCGAGUGUUCAUGUUGGGAUUCAAAAAAUCAAAAAUGAAUUCAACGGAAAAGUCUAACGAGAAAAAUGGAGAGACUAGUACUCAGUCUGUGGCUUCUCCUACAUCUAAACAGCAACAGCACAAGCAAGAAGAGAAAGGAGAGGAAGGAACCAAACAGAGCAAGUUUUUCACUGUCAAGUUUAAGGUCGAGGAGGUUCCUAUUGUUUCUCUGUUUACUAGAGAAAGUAGUAAAAACGCCAAGUCGUCGCAGAAGCAGAAUAAUACAGAGGAAAAUGCUUCAGCUGCCGCUGCCGCUACUUCAGAUGAGAAGCGUUUCUCUAAAGACGUAAUGCAGAAAUAUCUGAAGAAGGUGAAGCCUCUUUACAUUCGCGUUUCGAAGCGGUAUGGAGAGAAACUGAGGUUCUCUGGCCAGCUGAGCUUAGGCUCUGCCCUGAAAGCAUCUGCUCCUUCCCCGCCGCCGCCGCCGCCUUCCACCGCGACUACAGCGCAGAAAUCUUCACCGACGACAACGGCUGACAAGAGCCAACCUGAGACGGAAAGUACAGAAGCGCCUUCAGCCAGCAAUGUGAAGAGCCUAAAACAAGGGAACUUGCCGGCGGGGCUGAGAGUUGUCUGCAAACAUUUAGGGAAAAGCCGGUCAGCAUCCUCUGCUGUGGCAGCGGCUCCAUCGGCUCCGGUGAUAUCAAAGAGGAGAGAUGAUUCGCUGUUGCAGCAGCAGGACGGGAUCCAGAGCGCCAUUCUGCACUGCAAAAGAUCAUUCAAUGCCUCUCGAGAUUCGGAUUCUUCUCUGUUAUCAAGGUCAGUGAGCGAUCCCUCCUACGAGAAACCUUUAAAUUGUCAAGGAAAUCAUCAGACAAAGGAAAUCCCAUUUCCAGAAUUUUUAGAAAAAUGAAAUCUCCAUCUUCAUUAUCAUUCUGCUGUGUAAAUGAAAAUUAGUUUAUAAUAAUAAUUAUUAUUAUUUUUGGUUUAGGGUAAGGUAAGGAAAUUUUAAAGUAGAGAGACGUUUGGUCUUAUUGGUGACUAUGACAAGUGAGCAGAGCAGACACGAAGCUUGCUUACUUGGUUUUACUAUUGUCUGUAAAGCUUGAAUCUUUCUGUGAAAGCGAAACCAGAAUUAGAAUCACCAGAUCAUUAUAUAUAUAAUUUUGCCUA